AUGGGCGCGGCGAGUGCACGUCACAUCAACAACAACCAGCCUGCUGCGAUGAUGGGCGCGGCGGGCAAGGGCGGAUCAUCCCACGUGGGAAACGCGCAGCCAGCCGUGAGCGCCGCGACUGCGAGUCACGGCGCUAAGAAUCAGCCUGCUGCUGCGAUGAUGGGAGCGGCGAGCACCUUGAACAAACCUAACACGAACACACCAGGCGUGGCCGCGCCUCACAAGGCAGCUUCCCAGGACGUGACGAUCGUUCCCCAGACGCCGGCGCCAGCGCCUGCGACACCGGGAGUGGACAAGGAGGAGGAGAUGCAGGCAAAGGCGUGGAGGAAUGUGGUGGCUGAUGAUGUCGAUGAUGAGAAGGACGUCAGCGAUGACAAUGGCGAUGAUGAGGAGAAGGACGAUGACAGCGAGAAUGACGAUGACCACAAUGAGAAGGAUGAUGACAAGGAUGGUGAGAAGGACGAUGAGAAGGAUGAUGAGAAGGACGACAACGAUGACAAUGGUGAUGAUCAUGACAAGGACAACAACAGCUUGUUGCGCGACAACGGUAGGGACAAUGACAGUGAAGAUGAGAAGGACAAUGACAAUGAUGCAGUUGGCUGGCACGGGGGUGAGAGCAGCAGCCAAGGUCAGGGAAGGGGCAGGACCAUGAGUCAUGGCAUAAAUGGAGCAUCAUCUCGUGUCUCUCGCAUCAACAACAACAACGGCUGGGGGGCUCGCAACAAUCAACGCACUGGGUUGCACAAGGCACAGCAGUUUCGCAUGGCGACUAGCAGCGAUGUGCUCAUUCGCAGAAGUGGGACCCAGGGCACCGUCAAGGGAGCACCCUCUCGCAUUUCUCGCCCCAGCAACAACAAUGGCUGGGAGCUUGAGGACAAUCAGCGCAAAGGGUUCCACAAGGCACAGCAGUUUCGCAUGGCAACGAGCAGCGAUGUGGCCAUUCACAGGAGCGGGAUUCAAGCCGCGAACCGUGGUGUGAACUACGGGAGUGGGCUCGACAAGGCACCGCUUCACAUGGCGACAGCCAGCCAGGGAUGUGGCCAUCCACAGGAGCGGUGGUGUGAACCGCGGUGUGAGCUAUGGGAAUGGGCUGAACAAGACUCCGCACAUGGCGGCGCGGAGGGGCUCAGGCAGAACCUGUACUGGCGCUCGCCGGCAGCGCUGACCCCCGAGGAGGAUCACAUGGCGGUGCAGGCGUGGGUGGAUGAGAAGGCGGAUUGGACUCCCAGCCUGGUGCCCGAGGGGUGUGUGGAGGGGCGGAUGUAUGGGCAUUACACGCAGGUGGUGUGGGCGGGAACGACCCAUGUGGGGUGUGCGUGGGCGCAAUGCCCUGAUGGGGGUGGCAUGUGGGUGUGUGAUUACUCGUCCCAGGGGAACAUCUUUGGGUCCACUCCGUUUUAG